AUCGAAACGUGCUACUCAAGUGCGCGAUUUGCAAUCGGUUAAACGUACUCCUGUGUUCUUUUUUAGCUGCUUGUGCUAAAAUGUCAUCCGAUUAUUCUACAUACCACACUCUGAGCUAGGGUUGUCGGUAACAUUAAUAGCAGAGCUUCUUCGAAGAAGAAGGUCAUUUGCGCGUAAGGCUGCGCGAUGACAAGUAAGACUACCACCAAGGCAGGACGGCAUUCACUGUACGGCAACCAACACGGUCUGCCAGGACUGCCUAAAACAAGUUACAUCACACGCAAGCCUAUCCGCCAAACGCCUCGACUACCUCCACAACCGCCCCCUACGGCCAGAGCCCCUCCGCGCCCUCCCACCAUGAUGCCUCCGCCCCCUCAGCCCCCUCUCAUGCCAGCUGGGCCUGACCCCUUCGUCACUCGUCGCAUGGACAUGCUGGAGCAGAGGCUUAACUCUUCCGAGCAGAGCAACAGAGCGCUGAUGGAUGAAAUCAUGAGAUUGCAGCAAGAUAUGAAGAUCCAAAUCAAGAAGAACGAGAUGGGUCUCGGCGACGAGCGCGAGUCCAAAACUCGUCUGGAGAUCGCAGUGCGUCAAGCGCAGGGCCAUCAGUUCGAGACCGACGACCGCGUCAGGCGGUGUGAGGAAGGAGUCAAGGAAAAUCGGAUGACAAUCCAACAGUUGUCAGGACACAUCCAGGGCGUCGAAAAGCUGGCUCACGCAAUCCAGCAUGAGAAUAGCGACAAAUCCAACAUAAGCAAUUCCAAGACUCAGGAGUACCAACGCGAGCUGCUGAAGCUGUCGCAGAACAGCGAGCAGCUGGAGCGCCUCUGCUCGUCGCUCCGUGAAGACAACCGCUCAUUGCAGUCACAGCUCGAGACUGUGAAGCGAGACCUCGCCUCACUGCAGAGUAACGUGAAGCUCCAAGCCAGGCUGCUCGAAGACAAUGCCAAAGCGCCAAAAGAGCCGUUGAAGGGCAAUAACGACACCGCUAAGAUGAAUGAGACUGAGCGGCUAGUCAUCGAGGGCAAAAUAAUUUCUUUGAACAACGCCAUCCAAGACUUGUCAGCGAGACUUUCUUCUGAAGCCAAGAAGAGAGAUAAAGUCGAAGUCAAUGUGAACGAGAGAGUGAAUGCCCUCACAGAAGAGUAUGGAGCGACGAAACGCCAGAAAGAUAAAGAGUUGCAAGAUCUCGAGGAGAAACUUAAGGAACUUCAAGCAGGUUUCUCGGUCUCUGAAAAGCAGAAAAUCCUCACAGAAAUAUCUACCGUAGCAAAUGACCUACAACGGAAGAUGGAUCAAAGAAAUAAGAAGCUGAGAGAAGACACCGUCAGCAAACUUGAGGUGAUUGAGAACACCCUCAUAAGUGAAAACAAGCGUCGGCAAGCGGAGGAGCAGAAAUUGCGUGAAGAAAUCGAGAUCAAAAUCAAGGAGAUGGAAAUGCGGGAGCAAGGCUCAAGCAAGGAUCUCAAGACUGUUUUCGACAAACAUAACAACGAUACCAUUGAACGCAUCAGCGACCUCUCCAAGCGGAUGAACAAGGCGGAGGAAGUCCUGAGGACUCACAAGCUCGAGCAUGAGAGGGUUCUGUCCGCCGAGAUCAAUGAGCGUCAGAGGGAGGACAAAGUGCUGGAUGGCAAGAUUGAGGAUCUUGAACACAGGUUGGCCAUGGGACUCACGAAUCUGCAGUCGUCAAUUGGUGAGGCAAAGAUGGCAGGCAAGGUCCCAAAAGAUGGAAAGAGUUCCACUGUUGCAGCAGCUCCUGCAGCCUCUCAUGACUCUGAUGACAAAAUGAAAGAGCUGGCGAAGCUGCAAGCGGACAAUGAGAGGAGCAUCAGGGAGCAGCUUGCCCAGGAGGUGGGCCACCUCGACCAACGUCUACAGAAGGUCGAGAAGAACAUGAAUCAGCAAAAUGAGAAAAUUGACAAUCAACUCAAGUCCGCUGAAGCAAACGAGAAGGAAGCCAAGGAUCUCAUGGGAAGCAAGAUCCAAACUCAGAUUGACAAAAUUGAGUUUCAACAGAAAAAAACUGAUAAACAAGUGGAAGAUCUUAAAAACAAAGUUCAGGAUACACCAAAAGGUUUACAAGAAAUAAAGACUGAUAUCGGGAAUUUGGAAAAUAAGCUCAGCGAAAAAUUGGACAAGGAAACUCGUGAGCGUAAACUUGCUGAUGAAGAAAUGCGAGAUGACAUAGACCGCAUCAUCGGCCAGCGUGACGUGACCGUUCCUAGUCUCGCGCAGCUGCAGUCCGAUGUGGACGCUACACAGACCGGCAUGAAGAAGCUUGCGGAGGCUGUACACGUGGUCAAAACAUCUCUCAUGGAGCGCGUCAAGGAUGAGAAGAAACUCAGGGAGCAAGAGACGACAAUCCUGCGACGCGACGUCGAGCGCCUCGACACCAAAUAUCACGAUAUCAAGGAGCGCAUCCGCGCUGGGGACAACUUCGAGGCUGAUGAUGAUGAUUUCCCUUAAUUUGGCACAGCAGUUACCUUUCGGUCUAAAUCACGGGACAUCCUCGAGGCCAAUGAGAUGACGAUUGUUUUGCGUCGAAUGGCCGAUUGAUUUCAAUUAUUUUUGUCGCUCAAAAUUAGGCGAGAAAGAUUUUUAUGUAGAUUCUGUUGCCAAUAAUGUUCCGAGAAUUUUCAGGGAAUUUCUUUGCCUACAAUUGGAUUUAGAGCUUAAAAUCUCAUGCUGAACCAUACUAGUGUGACUCCAACCGCCAAAUCAUCAAAAUUUUCAAGUUAAUGUUUCAUAAACAACGUUGCUCUGGCAUAAGUAAAUUCAUUAAACCAGUUAAUACAUACAUUCAAUGCUUCGACUAGUAUUAAUUAUUUUUUAUUCAACUUACUGCAGUUUGGGAAUUUAAACAUAAUAUUAUUCCAUUUUUUGCCUAAAUACCAUAUUAGAUGGGUCCAUUUCUUGCAAUUCCUCAUCAGAAAAACUACUUACGAGUGUGUACGAACUUUUCGUUGAACAUGAGAAAAAUUUGAAAUAUCCUAGAAUAUGAUAACGUAUUUUAUAUUAUAGUCACAGUGUGAAUUAUUUUCAGAAGGAGUGUUAAUGCACAUUCAUUGGAAAAUAACAUUAUCUUUUAAAUUUUCGGAAAAUUACGUUUUUCUUUUUAAA